AUUAACUGUGUUUUUUCAUAAAAUUUCUUUUCUAAAAUGUUAUAGUUGAUCAAUCAACAUGAAUGUAAUAAAUUAUAUUUUACCUAGAAUUUUUGUUUUAGUUUUUUGCCAUUUUUUGAUAUGUUUUAGAUUUUCUUAUGAUUUUAUUAAGUAGGCUCUUUGCCCAAUGUGGGGCUUGAACUCAUGACCCUGAGAUUGAGAGUCAUAUGCUCUAAUCCACUGAGCCAGUGAGGUGCCCCUAUUUUUGUCAUUUUGCAAUUGAGAGGUCUUAAUUUUUUCUAAAACUGACAUGUUUAAUGAAGAAACAGUAAGUUUAGUCUUAGAUCAUACCAAGAUGUUUCAAAGAAAAUAAUGUGAACAUUUAUAUAUGCAUGCUGUCACAUAGGACAAUCUCUUUAAGAAGUACCUUAAGAGAUGGUUUCAAAAGAAGUAUAAAAGGGGUGGGGAGCGCUAUAUUAAUAAUUGAGUUCCAGGUGUCUGCUGCUAAUUACUAAAAUUUCAAACAUGGUAUUAAGGAAAAAUACUUUCCAUAAGGAAUAUAUCAUAUUGUUGUUCAGGUAUGAGGCUUAAGACUAUACUUAUGGAGCUCAUACUUAUGGUAUUUUCUCUUUUCCGAUUUCAACUGGGAGUUGAGGAACGCAGUAUGAUCAUUACAGUUUUGUGAACUGUUUACCUAAAGUUGUUCAAGUUGUUAAAAAUCAAGAGAAUUUGGGGAUUAAGGUCUGAUUGUGAAGUAAAUUUGGCAUAUAUUCAAAAGUUACUUUUUUAAGGUGAAAAUGGAAGAAAAAUGCUUCUCUCUUAGGAAGGAAACAACUAACCAAAAAAUAAUCUUUCAAGAAUGUGGACCAAUGAUAACACAUCAUUUCAAAACACUAUACUAAAAUUGAUUUAAAUUUUACUUUUUAAUAAGUUGUAACAUGACCUGUCAUAGCCUAUUUAGUACAUUACUGUACAGUACAUCAUAGAUAGCCUGUUAAUAUAGUUGGAUGAAGUGAAAAGGUACUUUCGUUCCUUUACUAAAAUAGGGUACUUUUAAUUUGUAAAGUCCAGUAAUAAGUAGAAGUACAGUGUUGCUGUGGUUGACUGGAAAUAGUGAAAUAGAAAAGAUUUUCUCCUUGUACUUCAUUUUAUUCAAGAAAAAGAGCAAAUAGAAAUGCAGGGUGCCUUUGUCAUAAACAUCUGCUUUUAGGUAGUAAUCAUUUUUAAAGAAAUAUUCCAUGACUGUGAGGGUCAUUUGAACCUGCAAUAAUGUCUGUUUAAAUAUAUAAAUACAUAUUGUGACAUACAUGUGGUGCCUGUAAAGAUGUGUAUUUGCUAUAAUAUUUAUGCAUCCUAAAUGUUGACUUUUAAAAUUUACCUUAAAGAUAUAUUCUAUUUUCAUAUUAGGGUUAGUUUUCACUUAAGUGCAUGAUCAUUCUAGAAAGGAAGUACAGAAGCGUUAACAUGGGAAGGAACAAAAUGGAUGUGUAGAUCUGGGCAAUAGUUUGACAUGAACAUCUUUUCUGGGCUGGGACACUGGUUGAAAACCAGUGUAAGUCUUUGUCAAACUAUUCACUAAGAUGAGAUCAUCAAUUCUGGAUUUACUUUUUAAAGCAUUUUAAUUAUGAAAAUGAUUUUGCAUUUAUGUUUUAUUGAACAACUAUAUUUUGAAAUUCUGCAUUGUUUAAGCCCAUGAAAUGUGUAUUUUUAAAUCUCUGUUCCUAGAUACUCUUCUCUUUUUCUUCCCAAAACUCUACAAACUGUCUUUGGAGUAGUGUGACAUUUUAAAGAUCAGGAGUUGCCUAAAAGGGCAUGUGGAGGUAAGGUAAAUUAAACCAGUGGGGUGAGUCUGAUGGGGUCUGUGGUGGACCAGAAAGCUCUUCAGCUCUAGCCAAUUGUUACCAGGUGGGAAUGCAGGCCUGGUGUUGUGAGAUGAUCCAACAACAACAACGACUACCUCCCUGCCCCCCCCCCCCACCUUCUUAAAUGAGAAGCCAGAAAUCAAGAUUUUUAUGUGAAAUCUCCUGAUUUUUAAAUCUUGGCAACCUUUUCAAAUAUUUUUUAAAGUGUGUGGUCCAAGCAAAACUCAUCUGCAGGCUAUAUUCAGCCUACCGGUUGCCAGAUAGAAACCUCUGUUUUAGAUAAUAUUUUAAUGGAUGAAGAUAAUAGUUUCAUUGCAUGUGAUCAUUCAUCUUGGGAAUUCCCCGCUGGGAUGAACCAAAUUCUUCAUUUUUUUUCUUCACAAUUGAAAAAAAGGUUUAGUAAAUAUGUUUCUGGUGCUGAUAGUUUUGAUGUAUAGCUUUUCUCUUUAUGACCCACAUAAAAAGAAAAACAUGUGAGCAAAACAAAAAAAAAUGGUCAAAGGAUUUUAAUAAAGGUAGAAAAGGUAAGAAUUUUAGAAUUAAAGAGAAAGAAAGGGAGAUUUCUAAACUCUGAAAAGAAUCCCAUGAUUUGUGUCAGUCAUUGAUGUAGAUGAAAAGCUGAAUUCCACUAUAAAAAGCUUUUCAUUUCACCUUUAAGCAGUGAUUCUUGGCCCUGAAUCUUUGUGGGAUUGCUGUAAUUUACCAGGCAAUUGAUUAUGAUGUCAUGAGGAGGAGAUGGACCACAAGGGGAAAACUUCCCCAUACUAAUUUGGGCAACGCCAAUAUUUUACACAGGCUUCAAGAAAACAUCAUUUAUGUUGUAUAAGAUGAAGUUUUCAGUGUCUAUUUAAAUUUUUUGAAGGGGCUCUUUAAAAGAUAUAAUCUAUUUAUAAUUGAAAUUCUCCAGGCAAAUCAGAUAUCAACAUUUUCAAGAGAACAGGUAAUUAAUUGGUUUGAAAUUCAAAUUGGAGGUCAUCCUGUUAUUGAUUUUCGUGGGAACAGGAAACAAGAACAUCUUGUUAAAAUGAUCUGCAAGUGGGGCCUAGGUGUGCCUAUGUUCUGUCUAGGGCCUUGUUGAACAGCAUCACUGGACAGUAUCAGACACCAAUCAGAAGGGAGUCAUUCCUGAUGUAAACAUAAUAAGCUGUUGGUUUGCUUCCAAAACUGCAGAGAAGAGCUGAACUGUAGAAAAGACCAGAGAUUAACAGUUUGUUUUAUAAUAAGUCAGGUAUUUCAAAUCAAGUGACUGGUGCAGCUUGUUACAAAGCAUCUGUAAGUGUGUCGGAAUGACGUUAGUAUGCCAUGUUCAAGUUCAGCAUUAACACAGCUGUGACUUACCACUUUCAGAAACCUUUCAACUGGGAAUUUGAUAAAAUAUCUUUAAUACAAGGGGAGGGGAGCACUGAAGUAAAGAGUGCGGUGAAGAAUAAAGGAUAAUAUACUCUUUUAGAUGCUCUUAAUUUUUAUAAAAUAACCUUUGUGCUUUCUGUUUGAUAGUUGUAUCAUUCCAUAUAGGAAUCUAUUUUGAAGCAAUUGUUUCUCUCUGCUGUGUUUAUACUUUUUGAAAAUGGUAUAAUGUGAAGGUAACAUGAACUAAGUGGGUGGCAAACAUUAUGCCUUUCUAAACUGAAAUAUUUUAAUUUUAGCUGUGCUGCACAAGUUGGAAACUUAAUGCAGCUUCUUGUGGUUCAAAGUAAAAUCCCUAAAAAAAAAAAAAAAAAAAAGAGCAAGCUUUCCAUUCUAAAUACCCUGAAGCUGUUAAUUCAGUUAUUUCCAGGUUGACAUAGUUUUGUGUAGGCAUGACAGUGGCACCAACUAUCUACAUUAAGCCUUAACAUUCCACAGAACCAUUUCAAGUUUAUUAUGAGCUUCAAAGACUGCUCGUCCCUAAGAGAAUAUCAAGUUCAAGCAUGUCACUUUGCCAUAGUCACAGUUAACUUUCUUAAAUCAAAAAGUACCUUUCUUGAAUCAAAAAGUCUGAUUUUCAACAGGUGAUCCUUGAAUUAAUUUCUCAGUUCACUACAGACUCAUUUUUCUGACCCUCUGUUGCUGCCGUCUUGAAUCUUGUCCAUCCAUCCUGGUAGCAAUGGUUGGAAACUACCCCACAAUAAAGCAGGGCUUAUCACACACAGUGUGUUUAAAGUUCUGAGAUGAUGUCAAUAUUCUUUUUCAGCUUUAUUUCAGGAGUUUGUCAUUGAUCCCAUUUUACCAAUUCACAGUAGGAUUUUCAUUGCAGUAUUUAAACAUGUAGCUGAGGAGGAAAAAGAUGCUGAUGUUUUCCUCACAGCUGGGAAUUUUACACCAUGGAAGGCUAGUGCUCCAGGAAAGGAUAUGGGCUGUUCAGCCUGAUCCUCCUGGUACACUGCUUCUCAGGGAAAGGAAUUCCCCAUUUCCUGAAUGUGAAAUGCCUACCUUUUUGGAGGUUCCUGGUCUUUGGCUCCUAACUCACUUAAUAAACCAUCACUGUCUAUACCUUGCAUCUCAGAGAUGGAACUUGACGGACUAGUCAGCAUUGCAAAGGUCACCCUAAAGCUAUUGGCAGAAUACACUGCCCUUUGUUGCUCAGUGAUGAUAAUGCUACUGUAGCAGUUAACUGGGUGCAUUAGAUUGAGCUACUUUUCCAGAAUACCAAAUUACCUAUUUAUUUCAUUUAAACACCUGAUAGAAUGCCCAUUCACAAGCUGUCUCAAGUGUGUUUUCAAACGGGAUCUUAACGAUACUUGAAGUACCAGUGCUUUGGCCACAGGAGGGAUAACGUGCAGAGUGUGUACCCGUUGUAUGUUUUGCUUCAGUAAAAGUACUUCUAAAUUAUACUUAUUUUGUAGUUUUCUUAUUGCCCGAAGUGAAAACUUUUCCAACAAAUUUGAAAGUCCAAGGUAUUCCAAAAAGAUCCCUUAUGUUAUUUUGUCUUUUGUUAGUAUGUCAAUACUUUAAAAUUAUGUUAUGAACUGACUUUUUUAUUAACAUAAAAAAAAAUACUUCAUUUCCUUUCAUGUUAUUUUCCAUAAAUACAAAAUGUGGAAAUAACUUUAAACAUACUGCAAAAGUGGGUUUCACCAUAUUUUUAUGUAUGUAAAUUUACUUCUUAAUUUACUUAAGUACAAAAUUAUAUUCAGAAUCGUAGAGGAAUGAUUGAUAAAUGAUCACACUACUUAUUUGAUAGCAGGGGAACUAUACUUGAAAUAGUUAGCAUUUAGCAUUCCAUUGAUUUUUUUUUUGUGGCACCAGUAUAGUCUUGAUAUAAUUUCUAGUACAUAGGUAACAUCUUUGCCUCAUUUCUCAUUUAAAUAAAAAUGAGUAAAGAUCCAAGAUGCUAAGGUGCUAGCAACUUUCACUAAUUAUUUUCACUUAUGCAUGUACUUUGGACUAACUGCUUUCCCAAAUGAUUUGCCACAUACUCAUCCCUCCCCUCAGCCCUCCUCCAGUUAUGUUUGGUCCCAAUCAGAUUGGCCAAGCAGUGUAGGCAUUUAGAAUUAAUUCCCUCUUUGGUUUCAAAACAGUAAGUGAAGACUCAGAAAUCCCUUUAAUUUACCUUUUAGUAUCUGAAUACAGCAGAAUCUGUCCUGCCUUCCUUUCAUGCAUCUGUUCAGUUGUUUAUUGAGUUAGGUAAGCAAAUCUAAGGCAGAAUAUAUUUCCUCUGUCCAAAAUAAUAGAAUGAAAUGAGUGUUCAAUUAAUUCAACACUCAAGGUAACUAAAUGAUUUAAAAUAGGAUAGUUAGUUGUAAGUUCAGACUCUGACCGGUAUCUGGAAACAAAGUAUAAUGACAGUUUUGUGUUGUAGGCCCUUUAUGACUUUGGUGAAAGGACUUUCUUUUAGAGGUAUGUUUAUCUUAGAAUAAUAAUCAUUUCAUGCUGUUCAUUUUUUUUUCUAGUUGACCCAUUCUCCAGACCUUUAAAAAAACUUUUUUAAGUGGAUGUAAAUUCCAUUUUAAUUAGGCCAGUGCAAUCUAAUACUGCAACUAGCCAGGAAUGGAAGAAACAUGCUGGAAGUUAAUACAACCCAAAUCAACCAUAGCCAGAUAAUUCCCCUGUUCUUAGUAACAACCCCCUUCCCCACCUCCACAAUUAAAUGACCCUGUUGUUCUGGAGUUUCAACAAGACAUUUAAGGUUCAUUUAAAAAAAUGAUCAUCCUUUACAGGAUUCUUUGCUCUUGCAUUUCUUUCUUUCUUUCCCUUGCCACACAGCUGUCACUGGUAUAGGAGAAAGAUUGGGGGGAGGGGAAGAGGAGGAAGCCCUGUUCAAAUCGUGUCACGUAGCACUAAUUCAUCUGCUCUCAUUAGAGGGAGCGAGGGACAGCAGUGAUGGCCAAGAGCUGCACUCCACACAUGACACGCGAACAGUUUGGGGAAUAGAAAAUUGCUUUCUCAGGAAGCCCAGCCAAUUAAGGACUUGACCAUAUUGAAUGUCAAGUGUUAAUUUAGGUUUUUCUUCAUUUUCCCAGUAGUAAUGCGGGUCCUGUGAUGAGCAAAUACAUGUCAAGUAAAAGUUGAUUGCAUGAAGGACCCGGGUAUUAUAUGUCACUGACAAGUCACAAAUGUACUGAAGUCUUUUAACCCCUUAGGUGAGUGAGGUGGAGGAGGGGGAAGGGGAGAAUGGGAUUAAUGGUACCAAUAAUGAUAAGGAUAGAUAGUUUACACAGGGAUAGCUUGGAUGGGACAGACAGCAAUGGUAAUUCAUGCAAAAACCAAGGAUAGGACAAAUCCUACUCUCCAGGCACAGAGACCCUUGAAAUGCAUACAGUAUGAUUCUUUCCCAUUGAAAACAUAUUGCCUAGAAUAUAUAUUCUGUCUCCUAAGAUUUUAUGGAAAGGAAAAGUAGUGUACUCCAUGGUCUUGACCUAAGAAAUUCCUUAUUAAUUAUCUCCUCUGAAAGAAACAAAACAUUCAUUAAAUAACUAUACUAUUUUGGACAUUUUAACCCAUUUGCUCAACACAGCUGUAAAAAAGGGCUAUUUAUAAUUUCAGUUUUUAAUCAAAUACACAUUUUUAAAAAAAUGGCUCUGUGUAAUAUGUCAUACAAAAGAUGCAGAACAUAAGAUUGAAAGAAUGUUUGUUUUCUGUCAUAAGUAUCUCUGUUGGUGAAUGUUUACCCAAUAGAAACUGGUGGAAGGUCCAUCAUUGUCUUUCAUUUCCUUUUGUGCCCAGUUGUAGAAGGGAAGAGAUUCCAGCUUCUGUGAGUGAGGUAACUUCGCCUUUUUUUUAAACUAAAUGUUGAGCAUUGCCCAUCAUGUAUAGCAUCUCAUUUCCAUUCAUCAGCAUUUAUUUACAUAUGAAUGUCUCGAAAAAGAGAAUGUCUGUUUCUGUGCAAUUGUGCAAGUUGCAAAUAAAAAUACUCCACAGUUUAAAAUACUGCUGUGUGUAGUUUAAACAAUCUUAAAGUGAAACUCAAAACAGUUACAGUCCAAUCAUUUUUGUUCUUUAUAUGUAGAACCACUUUCCCCUUUCGUAUCUUUGAAGAAAUGAUCAUCAUUAAAACACUGUUUGGAAACUUACUCUCAUCUGUUUAUUCCCCAGUUUUAAGACACUUGCCUUUGUGUGUUGACAGUGCUUGCACCUUAAAAACUUAAGUCUAAUAAUGCUUUAAUUUUGGCAGCAAAAGCACCAACAGAAUCUUUUUCUCUACCUCAGGUUAGAAACACUCUAAUGAUGCUAUCAUUAUAUUAAAAGUGGGCUAAAUUUACAUUAUGGGACAGGAAACAAUUCCAAGAAUUUCAUGUUUAAUAAAAUAGGUUUUUCUUAAGAAAGGAACAUUAGGGUAGGAUGUAAUAUCAGUUAACGUCUCUCCUCCCUGUCUCAAAGCUAACCAGAUAGAAUAAGCUUAGCCCUCUCUUCCCUUCCUAUUUUGAUAAGCUCUAUGGAACUCUGGUGGCAAGGCGAGAGUACUGUUUAAUUACAAUCCAAUUGUCAGCAGCUUCUCUUCCGCUGGGUGUGCUGAGAGACUUAAGUAAGUUUCCGUAAAGUAAAUUCUGAUGAUGGCAGCUCUGGUUGCUGAUUCAAGUUAUUCCUUCUCUUCUGUGUCACUUUUGACGGAUGGUACCUAAUGCAAUCAACCACAGGCCAAGAAAGCCUUUUUUUUUUUUUUGGUUGUGUUCGUAACUGGACCAGGAAUUCCCCUCCUCCCUUGAUCUCUGCUUCAGAUGCUUGCUCCUUCCUGCCUCCCCCCACCGCAGUACUUCAGCCCAGAUAGGAAAGUGAAGAGAACUGCUGUACUACCCAGGACAGACUUUCCCUAAACCUCCUUUUCCCAGUGGUGAAGCUCAAGCUGCCUCCCUUUGCGUGCGUUUUUGAUAAAUUUAAGAAGUCAAAUCGCUGACACAGAUAGAUAAUCCAAGUGUAUAGGGUGAAGAGUUAUAAAUUAACACAUUAUUCCCUCUUAAUGUGAAAUACUUGAGAAUGCAUUUUCUCAGUCCCCUGACAUCUACCCAGUGAGGGCUCGCAUUGUACUUUUCAAGUGGCAUUGAUUUGUUAAAGCGCUGAAUUAGCAUCUCUGGCCAGCUGCUUGAUCCACUGUGCUGUUGUGGGGCUCCAGUUCCUCCUCUCUCCCCCAGCCAUCCCCUUUUUUCCUUCAGGCUCCCUCUUCUUUUCUCUCCCUUUCCCUGCUUCUUUCCACUUCACUCCUCCCAGCUCAUUCCUCCACUCUUUUUCUCUCACCCCCUUUUCUCUUGUUGCUUGCGUUUCUUUCAGUCGGAUUUCAUCCACACCAUCUCCUUUUUCUUCAUUCCCUCCUCGAUCCACACAUCUCCUUUUCUUAUCUCUUGCCUCUGAGGUGUGCCUUAACUCAGGGUUAGCCUGUUAACUGCCUGGGUGUGGGGUAGUGGUAGUUGAUUUAGCCAAUCCAAUGGCUCCAAGUGGACUCUUUUUGAAAGGAAUAAAUGAACUUGUGUUUGUGCUCCUUGUAAUAGAAGUCAGUGAGAAAAAUCUCACCUAUUUGGCUUUCUAGAAAUUAAAAGGUAGCUUACAAAACUUUUAAACUUGUAUUUUUAAAUGCCAUUGCACAUGGUAAGGUUUUCUUUUGGUUAAGAGGAAAUGAAGGUCACCAGUGGUUAUCACAGAUUUGAUCAUCUCAAAUGUACCCACCAAAAUAAGUUAAUAUUUCUAUAAAACUUGAAUUUUUGCAACUUUUUGCAUUUCAGUGAACUGAUAGGACUUUAUUUUCUAGCAAGUUCUAUGCUGUUGAUAUUUCAUAUAAAAUAUUUUCACUGUGGUAUUUGUUCCAUGCUGUGGUUUCUGCAUUAUGAUGCAUCACUGUAUCAGUGGAGCAGUGACUACAUUAUAAAAUUGCUUGACAAUUUGUUGAGAAAUAGAAUGAGAUGGAUUAUCGCUUUUUUGAGUGAUGUAUCUCAAAAUUCCAGAGGUCUUCAGAGGAAAUGCAUCACAAUUGAGAGGAUUUAACAUGCCUCUUGUAUAUUCACAGACCUUCACUCUUUUCUUUCUCUGAAUGUUUAUACUAGAUACUUUGGGAUCACUGUAUUGAUCAAUUUGAUACCAUCAAAAAAGUGUAUCUGUCUGGAUUUAAAGAGAAAUUAUCCUUUAUAAUUUUAAUCUCAUAUCUUGACUUAGUGCUGUCUUCAACUUUACUAGGUUUCCCAAUAAAACAUCAGAAUUGGAAUAUGAAUAUAUGUUGAUGUCAGGUAACUUGAAAAAAAUCAUGUAUUUAUUGCUGUUUUAAUACAGAUUAAAAUGAGUUUAUUUCAGCACUUACAUUUUGAAAUGGAAACAUUUAAUAUAGGAUUUGAUAAUCUUUGAUAAGCUUCUCUGUUGGGUUGAUCUCCCACCCUCGGUCCCCCAAGUCAAAUAUAAUUCCUCUUUUUUUUUUUUAAUCAAUUGCUGUCCUCCUGUCUAGAAUUAGCAUGGCUUGGGUAAGGUGAAGGGAUUAGAAUGACUUUUCAAGGCCUGAUAAUAUCUGUUUAAAGGAAAGAAAAAGAAGAAAAUUCUUUUAACUAGGGCUUAAAACUAAUUCCAACUACUAAGGAGACAAAAAUUACUCUAAAGAAGACAGUUUGGUUUUAUUUUACAUGUGCAUGUUAACUUGCUUAGAGAUGAUCAUUUUGUAUUUUAGAUUAUUCUCUUCCAUGAAAUAAGAUGUUCUUCAGUUGUUACUGAGGAGAGCACAUGGCCUUACUCAAGGAGAUUAAAACUGGAACACCUUCUGCCUUUUGUAGGGAUAAUUCGCAGCUCACCUGGCUGUAGUUCAAGGUCAAGGGCAAGCAGGAGAGCUCUUUACAACUGCCUGGGACUAUAGCAGAGAGGAGGAAUAAUAAAGACAAAACAAUAGGGCAAGGUUGAAAGUGAAAGUGCCCCAUAUGAAAAUAGUUAAUGAUCAGAAAAGUAAAAAAAAAAAUCUGGAAGGCAUACUUUAAUAGUGGAAGAAAAGUUGAGGAUGAAGAAAAAGGUUUUGGGGGGCAAAAUGAUGGUAUCUGAUAACUUACAAAAUUAGUAAAGAUACUGUUGUGAUUGGUUGUAAAGGGCCAAAUUGGCAUCAGAACAGAGUUAAAAAAUAAUGAAAACAUUUAAAAACUUUUAAUACUUACAGUUUUCGUCUGAUUAUCAUCUAUUUUUCUUUGAUUUGUCAAUUAUGCUCCCUGGAAGGCAGAAAUCUCUGCACCAGUAAUAAAUCAAUGAACCUAGAGUUAUUUUUUUUUAAAUCUAAUUCGUUACUUGCUUUGUGAUAGUACUUUAGCUACGUGAAAUGGUUAAGUGUGGAUGUUUUAGAAUUCAACACCUUUGAGUUUUUCUCUAAAAUUCUCAGGAGAAAUCAGACUUAUUUCUGUUUUUGUAUUUUGUAAAUCUAAAUUAAAUGUCACUUAAAUGCGAAAGAACUGGCGGCUUUGAUAAGUAGUCCCAAAAGCAAACCAUUUUGUCAGUAAUCAUAAUCUAAUUAUGAAUGCAAAUGCAAAGUUUGUUUUUUAAAAAGUCCUGAGCAAACAAAGGAAACAGAAAAGCAGACCACUCUGGGACACAGGGAAAAAGCAUCCCCACACUUAAACCUAUGACUUUCAAUAGUAGCAGUAAUAAUAAGAACUCUUGGCAUCCUCCCAAGUCCUGUUGAGAGGGAGCAGCAAAUGGCCUGCGCAGUGUGUGGCUCUGCAGAAGUUCCAGAGUGACACAUGCAUCACAAGCCGGUCACAAUGCGAAGGGUCAAGGGUCAUGUUCAAGAGCAGGGUGUUGCUGGAUGAGGCUGAGGAAGCAGAGGUGGCCCCUCUGUGCUCACUGUGUGGGUCUGUGUACUCCUUUCCCGUCAAAGCUGGCUCAGCACGGCCAAAAAAGCGGUUCCUUGGCAGGGUUUAAUGGCAGGAUGAUGUAGUCUGUUGUGACUAGUGCAUUCCUUUCAGGUUAAACUAGGGAAAUGGCAUUGUGUUAAAAUUCCAAGUCGCAUGAAUGUUUUAUUGCCACAGUGCAUUUAGCCCUCUAGGGGAGUGUGUGUGGCGGCGGGUGGGGGUGACUUAGAGACUCAGGAACUAUCAGAAGAACACUUCCCUUGGAAAAUUUUACCCACCAGCAUGAAGCUGAUUUGCUGUGAUGGUCACUUAGAAGGGUUUCGCUUUUUCCUAAACUGUGGCUGUUUAAAGUCUUGCAGUCUGGACAAUUAACAGCUGAAGAAAAUAUGACAAGACACACGCAAAGAGGUUGGGAGAUAGAGAGGAGGAAUGCGCCAGAAAGGAGCUGAGCUGCCUUCUUGUGUAAACUACCCGAGCAAGAGCCCCCUCCCCCGGCCUUGGUCCCUGUCUCCCCCCUCCCCGUCCCCCCCCCCCCGCCCCCGCCCCCCCUUCCCCAGGCUGUGUUUUGCUGUCUGCCUGAAGGCCAAGAGUGAUCUGUUAACCUUGCACCACUGACUGGGAGGCCACUGCAGCUCAUGGUUCCAGUGGCAUGUGCUGGCAGAGUGCUGGGUGCAGACUUUUGCCCAAACCUGGAGGAGCCAGACCAGAGGCUGGAAGUCCAGGCCAUCCGUUGCACACUGGUAAACUGCACGUGUGAAUGUUUUCAGCCGGGGAAGAUUAACCUGAGGACUUGCGAUCAGUGUAAACAUGGCUGGGUGGCACAUGCCUUGGAUAAGCUCAGCACGCAGCACCUAUACCACCCCACCCAGGUGGAGAUUGUGCAGUCCAACGUGGUGUUCGACAUCAGCAGCCUGAUGCUCUACGGGACACAAGCGGUGCCUGUGCGGCUAAAGAUCCUUCUAGACCGUCUCUUCAGUGUCCUGAAGCAGGAGGAGGUGUUGCACAUCUUGCACGGCCUGGGCUGGACUCUGCGGGACUACGUCCGGGGGUACAUCCUUCAGGAUGCUGCCGGCAAGGUGCUGGACCGCUGGGCCAUCAUGUCUCGAGAAGAGGAAAUCAUCACCCUUCAGCAGUUUCUGCGAUUUGGAGAAACCAAAUCCAUUGUGGAGCUGAUGGCAAUUCAGGAGAAAGAAGGGCAGGCCGUAGCUGUACCAUCUUCAAAGACAGACUCAGACAUAAGGACUUUCAUUGAGAGCAAUAAUCGCACCCGGAGUCCCAGCCUUCUUGCUCACCUAGAGAACAGCAACCCUUCCAGCAUUCAUCAUUUCGAAAACAUCCCCAACAGCCUUGCAUUUCUGCUUCCAUUCCAGUAUAUAAACCCAGUCUCAGCCCCACUGCUUGGAUUGCCUCCAAACGGGCUACUGUUAGAGCAACCAGGACUGAGGCUGCGGGAACCAAGCCUUUCAACCCAGAAUGAAUACAAUGAGAGCAGUGAAUCUGAAGUAUCUCCCACACCUUAUAAGAAUGAUCAGACGCCUAAUAGAAAUGCCCUGACCAGCAUUACCAAUGUGGAGCCCAAAACUGAGCCAGCCUGUGUGUCCCCCAUUCAGAAUUCUGCCCCAGUCAGUGAUCUAACCAAAACUGAACACCCAAAAAGCUCAUUCCGGAUUCAUCGGAUGAGAAGGAUGGGGUCAGCCUCUAGGAAAGGAAGAGUGUUCUGUAAUGCAUGUGGGAAGACAUUCUAUGACAAAGGUACUCUCAAAAUUCAUUAUAAUGCUGUUCACCUGAAGAUCAAACACCGAUGCACCAUCGAGGGUUGCAACAUGGUCUUUAGCUCCCUCCGAAGCCGGAAUCGCCACAGUGCGAACCCUAAUCCUCGCCUUCACAUGCCUAUGCUACGAAAUAACCGAGACAAAGAUUUAAUUCGUGCCACAUCAGGAGCUGCCACUCCUGUUAUAGCAAGUACAAAAUCAAAUCUCACACUCACAAGCCCUGGCCGGCCCCCAAUGGGUUUUACCACUCCCCCAUUAGACCCCGUCUUACAGAAUCCUCUGCCUAGCCAGCUGGUUUUUUCUGGGCUAAAGACUGUACAGCCAGUUCCUCCAUUUUAUAGAAGUUUACUCACUCCGGGGGAAAUGGUGAGUCCUCCAACCUCCCUCCCAACCAGUCCCAUCAUUCCAGCCAGUGGUACCAUAGAGCAGCACCCCCCACCACCCUCUGAGCCCAUAGCACCAGUAGUGAUGAUGGCCACUCAUGAGCCCAGUGCUGACCUGGCACCCAAGAAGAAGCCCAGGAAGUCCAGCAUGCCUGUGAAGAUUGAGAAGGAAAUCAUUGAUACCGCUGAUGAGUUUGACGAUGAAGAUGAUGACCCUAAUGAUGGCGGAGCUGUAGUCAACGAUGUGAGCCAUGACAAUCAUUGCCACUCCCAAGAGGAGAUGAGUCCAGGCAUUUCUGUGAAGGACUUUUCUAAACAUAGCAGGACCCGGUGCAUUUCAAGGACUGAAAUAAGAAGGGCUGACAGCAUGACUUCUGAGGACCAAGAACCUGAGCGGGACUAUGAGAAUGAAUCUGAGUCUUCAGAGCCCAAACUAGGUGAGGAGUCCAUGGAAGGCGAUGAGCACAUUCACAGUGAAGUGAGCGAAAAAGUCCUGAUGAGCAGUGAGAGGCCUGAUGAGAACCACAGUGAGCCCUCUCACCAGGAUGUCAUCAAGGUGAAGGAAGAAUUUACAGAUCCCACUUACGACAUGUUUUACAUGAGCCAGUAUGGACUGUACAAUGGUGGGGGGGCCAGCAUGGCAGCCCUGCAUGAAAGUUUCACAUCGUCUCUGAAUUACGGCAGCCCUCAAAAGUUCUCCCCAGAAGGUGACCUGUGUUCUAGCCCAGACCCCAAAAUCUGUUACGUGUGCAAGAAGAGUUUCAAAAGCUCCUACAGUGUGAAGCUUCACUACAGGAACGUUCACUUAAAAGAGAUGCAUGUCUGCACAGUGGCUGGCUGCAAUGCUGCCUUCCCCUCUCGCCGAAGCAGAGACAGAAACAGAAAUUUACGGAUGGAAAGAACCAUAGGUCCAGGACAUCGAGACAGCCUGCAUCUCCGUAGACACAGUGCCAACAUAAACCUGCAUCGCAAACUGUUGACCAAAGAACUCGAUGACAUGGGCCUGGACUCAGCGCAGCCCUCUCUUAGCAAGGGCCUCCGGGAUGAAUUUUUGAUGAAGAUCUAUGGUGCCCAGCACCCCUUGGGGCUCGAUGUCAGGGAAGACGCCUCCUCUCCCGCAGGGACUGAAGACUCCCACCUGAACGGGUACGGGAGAGGCAUGGCGGAGGACUACAUGGUCCUUGACCUGAGCACCACCUCCAGCCUCCAGUCCAGCAGCAGCAUCCAUUCUUCCCGAGAAUCCGACGCAGGCAGCGACGAGGGUAUUCUUCUCGACGACAUUGACGGGGCGAGUGACAGUGGGGAGUCAGCACACAAGGCCGAAGCCCCUGCCCUCCCUGGCAGUCUAGGGGCUGAAGUUUCAGGAUCUCUGAUGUUCAACAGCUUGUCCGGGAGCAAUGGUGGGAUUAUGUGCAACAUUUGCCACAAAAUGUACAGCAACAAGGGGACUCUGAGAGUGCACUACAAAACUGUGCAUUUGCGAGAAAUGCACAAGUGCAAAGUCCCUGGUUGCAAUAUGAUGUUCUCCUCUGUGCGAAGCCGAAAUCGGCACAGUCAGAACCCUAAUCUCCACAAAAACAUUCCCUUCACUUCAGUAGAUUAGUCUCAGAAUGGACACUACAAAUGCCAGCUCUCACCAGAUGGCCUACAUGUUUGAACUGCCAUAGUCAGUGUGUGCUUGUGUACCUGGGUGUGUGUGUAUGUGUGUGUGUGUAUACACAUGUACGCCUCUGUGUCUACAUACACACACACACACACACACACACACACAUUUUCUUUUCUUUAGAUAUAAAAAGAUAAACACUAGGUGCUUUUGAAAUUGUUUUUCUUUUUCCUUUAUAGUUUUGGGAAAGGGGUGGGAUCUUUAAUUUGGGGGUGAAAACAAAGUACCCUUAAAACACACAUACACACACACACAUAAAGUGUGCAACCGGCCCAAAUUCUGACAGAAUAAGAAUUCUUAGUCCUCUGCAAAGGGACAGUUUCUUGUACCCAUGACUGUUGCCUGCAAAAAAAUAAAAGGGAAAAAAAAAAGAAAAAAGAAUCAAAAAAGGAACUUCUAAUAGUUGUCUUUUGUGAACUUUAAGGUUUUGAGAGAAUCUUCAAUUAAAGCAUGGCAGAUUCACCUGUAAAUAUUUAGCCUUGAGAGGCCAAUGAUGUAAAGCAAUUGUAUUGAUGGUUGUUUAACUCUUUUGUUUAAUUUUUACAGUUACAUCCAGCUGUUAGAUAUGCAGGAAAAAAAUAGUUUGCUGGCUAGCUCUUUUCAUUUAUGUUAGCAUUAAUGCACAUUUCUUUAAAAAAAAAAACAACAAAAAAACCAUGGUCUUGUUUUUACUACCUGCUAGAUAGAGUGAUAAGGAGGUGCUGGCAUGCUUUACAGCACAGAUCUGAUUUUUUAAAAUGUCCUGUACUAGUACAUAAACCCAGUCAUGCACUUUUUUCAUACACUACAAGGGGACGUGUAAUAUCCAUGCUUCUUUUUUAUCCUUAAACUAUUGCCAUACUUCAAGUAAGUGUCUUUUUUAAAAAAAUUCACUUGUAUAAAAAUGGUCUGGUCAGUAUAGGGCACAAAUGCCAAACAAAAGUAUUAGUGUUAACACAAAACUGCCAACUUUGCACAAGUUUCCAGGAAAGAAAAUACAAUUAGUCACUCAACAUAACCACAGGCCAAUUUGUCGGCCACCAGAAAACUGCUUUAAAAAAAAAAAAAAAAAAACAACACUUGGUGAUUCUUUCAAGUGCCGAAUGUUAUUAGAAUCAACAUUGCAUCCUUCUUGCUUAUAUGUUAAGUUACAUAAAAGGAAAACAAAAUUAUGUGGUGUAAAACAGCCAAGGCAUUUAUUCUUCAGAGGCAGGAUAAUAUUUCAGGAUACAAAAGCCCAAAUUACUCACUAUGGAACAAAGCUGAAUGCAGUAACAGUGUUGAACACUCAUUUGCAGGACCUACCCCUUCUCCUUUAAAAAGAAAGCAAAAGUCUGAACUGGGUUGGUCUGUUGUAUGGCUGUGUAAUUUGUUGCAAGUUCUGCAGUAGUCCUAUGAUUCAGGCCUGUCUGAUAGUCAAAAUCAAAAGACAUUUCACAGCAGCAGUACUUGGAAGCUUUGAAAACAUGUGCUGAACUUGAAUUGAGCAACACUCCUUUCUGAAAAGCCAGACGAAGGGGGGUUUAAAAUAGGAUCUCUCACUGUUGAGUGUUUUGUGUUUCCCCACAUGAUUUGUCAGAGAGAAAUGAAAGCAAGCCUGAAACCAAGCAAUUGAGAGUGAGAAAGAGGGGGAGGCGAUUCUCCAAACCUUUUUUGUUUUGUUUUGUUUUGUUUCCGAUGUUUACACAUGUUGCCUGAGCUGGUUAACCACAUGGGCAGCCCUCAGCUACCACAACAUACUCACUAAAUGAUGAUAUUUACUCAAGUUCAGUCUGCAGCCAAAACCAUUAGGAUGUGCACUGCAGACUGUGUUUUGUUGUUUUUUUUUUUCCUUUUUUUUUAAGGUGGGGGUGGGAGGGGGGGGGAGACAGAUAAACAAGGAAUAUUUUGUCUAACAGUACACAAUAAUUUAAAAGAGAAUGUAUUUCUUUUCUGCAUUUAGUGGCCUGAAACAUUUCUCUCAUCAGUCUAAAAGUUAGAAAUGCCCCCCUUUGUUUUAACUUUGCAUGUUGUUUCCAUUUUUCAUAUGUUUUGUAAUUAUUUUUUCUAUGUUCACAUCAGCAUUCACUUCCGUUAAAUUUGCCAAAGGAAACUGUUAAUAUGUUUCUGUUGUUAUUAUUAUUCCUGUAGGAUUUAUUGUACCUCACAGUAUUUAUUGUUUCCAAAAAUAAGCAUCAUUAGUUGAGGAUUCAGUAUUUUUAUUUGUAAAAAUUUCAGAAACAAUAGAUUCUUAAAGAUAAGCUAGACUUGUCUAGAAGCUUCAUCUUCUCAUCUCCUUCAGAGGAUACUAUGGGGUUCAUUUAAUUCACUUUGUUCUCCAGUGAGGAAAGACCAAAAGUAUUUGCAGUACAAAAGAAACCAUAUCAAACACUAUGUCUGUUAAAUGACAAAUGUUUACGGUAAAAAGCUGAGGAAUUAGUAAUAACCAUUUUUGUUUUCUUGUACCUUUGAAUUCCCCAAAGUCUUAAUUGCUUUAUUUUGGUGUUGUGUUAAAUUGAAUAGACAGAGAUGUUUUCCUUUGUUUUAUACCAUAUAAGACUAUGUACAGUAUGUUUGUGAAAAACUGAACUAGAAUAAUGAAAGUUUGUUUGCAAACAUUUUGGUCCUCUUAGCGUUCUCUGUGUUGUGCUGUUGCCCCAUUACGAAAUGAUUCAAUUCAAAAAGGGUGGAAAAAAAAUGUUUUUAGUAUCCCAACAAAAGAUCAUGGAAACACUAGCUGUUGGACUGUGGUAGGCUGAAUUACACUUAGCUUUAUGAAAAUAACACAUUUUUAUUUCAGUGAUUUUUAAAAAUUACACUGUUGGUUGAGAUAUUAGAACUCAUCUUGUACAGAAUCAGUGUUUAGUCUGUUUAAUGUCAACUAAAAGGUCAAAUAGUCCUAGUGAGUGAAUUCCAUAGCUGUCAGCAGGUCACAUCAGUAGAUGAACCAGGCUUAGAACAAAUGUUUGUUACUUGCCACAAACUGGGCUAAUGCGGAGAGCCAGUUGGAACAGUCCAGAAGUAAUGAGAUUCUCAAACUAGAAUUUCCCUUGCUUGGAAAUUUGAAUAUGUUCACCUGCAUUUUGUCAGAGAAAUGGCAGUGAGUCCUGGGCAACUGGCUCUUUUUAAGUAUCUCCCCUAGUUGCUACUACUUUUGUGCCUCAAGUGCCCAGAUGUUAUGGUGGCCUUCUAAAUGGGUGAAUAACACUUUCCAAUAUAAAGCCUAUUAUUGCUUAAAAGGGAUGGGGGAGUGGAUGGAAGCGGUACAUGAAAUGUAAAAUUAUGAACUGCACAGAGGUUCCCAUCCCAAAGUGUUGCCUGUUCUUGGGUGUGCGCCCGAGUGCAAUGUUUGGCUUAACUGUAAACCUAGUUAAGAUGGUGACCCCAAGGCUUACUUGCAAACAGGAAGGAGAAAGCAUUUUAAUCACUGGGCCCAUCAUCUUUGUCUGCUCCUACUUGUUUGUUUCUUCAUAGGAGUUUUCUUUUGUGAAACUUUCUUUCGAGCUGCAUCCAUCCUGUGCUGGCUGAAAAUUAACAGCGAUGCAGAUUUUCAUCGAAGCAGCUUUUUCCCAUUUGAUUAAUUUUAACCACAGUUUUGUCACAGGUAGAAAAUGAGGCAGUAUUAUUAAUGUGCAUGUUCACUAGCUGAUGUUGAAACUUACUGUUUUGAUCAUUCUAAACUAUGUUUUUGUACAUAUCAGAAAGGCUUAGUCUGCUUUAGGGAAUAUCUGCAUGCUUAUGGAGGGGGAUGACAAAGAGCAAGAGAAAGGAUAGAUAAUAAGUAAUUUGGUUUUUAAAAUGUGAUUAAAAAGCUUGACAUUCUUUGUUCUGCUAUGAAUUGUAUUGAGAUAAGUGAACCCAGUGUAACGCAUCUCAGAUCUUAGUCUAGCUGUCCAAUUCAGCCUGAUGGCUUUUGAAGGUAUGAAGGUAUUAAUGUUUUCCUUCUCAACCUGACAAACAUCUUUUUUGAAAACAUAUUUAGCACAAUGGUGCCACUGUCCUUGUAGUGUGAUUUCUUUGGUCAUGAAUUUCCAGGCCCUGCCAAUAAGAGGAGAAAGACACUUAACUGGUUAAUAGCCCUGUUAGUGUAUACAUUGCUCUUAAAAAAGAGCAGUUCUAAGAAUAGGCUGUUCUGGAGGCAUUCUCCCCAUUUUACUCAGGAGAACCCAUGCCCUAGAGUGCCACCAAAUAAAAAGUGACCUUUUGUUCCCCUUCCCAUGUACACACCCCAGAUGUGUACCAAGCAAACGGGAAAAUGAGAACAGGGGCCAUUAAAACAUAAAGAAGCCAGUAAUCAGAUUGAGGUGGACACACUACUUACUGCUAAGUGUUGACCUGAGCAGUCCCAACUUGUACCUGGUGUGUUGGUGUUGGAUUAGAUUGGCUGUUAACAGAGUAAAUAAAAUUCAACUGUAAUAAGACACACUAAUCUAUCAUAAACCAGUCAUCCGGAAGAACCUUUCUUUUAUUCUAUGGACACACCCUUUUUCUUAACUUUUAAGCAAUUAGAACAAACGCCAUUUUAAGAAAAACUAUUCGAAUUAGAGGAUGUUGCUGUUUCUUCCCAUUCUUUGAUUUUUAAUGGAAGGGGUCUAAGUGUGUAAGGAGGGCAAUAAAAGGCAGGUACCAAAAAAGACUGGUGGGAAUGAGUUUUUCCAAAAGCAGAGCAAGGGAUACUGAGUAGGGGAUAGGAACCUUCCCCGGUUGAGCGUAGCUGGGAAAGAAAAUAAUGAACUGGAAGUGUUUGUUCAAAAGAAAAGUCUGGUACAAUUUUUCCCAGCAGUGGGUGAGAGCAUCUUGAUGCACUGCCCCGCAGAACCCCCUGUGACAGGUGCAUCACUGCACCCCAGUCUGAGGAAGAGGGGAAAGCGAAGAAAACUUGUGGAAUAACUGAGGAUCCUUAUGGGUCAGAAGAGCCAAGGGCAGCUGUGGGGUUUUUUUGUUUGUUUGUUUGUGGUUUUGUUUUUGGGUGGGAAGUGAUGCUGGAGUCCCUUAGGAGAGCAAAAAGAUGUGAUGGGUCACCCAGGGUAUAGAAAAAGCCAGUGGUCAAACUGAGCUGUUAAAUGUCUUUUCUCUAUCAUUACUUUGCCUGCCCCUGUAGCCAUGACUGUAUUGCCACUUAGCUAAAGACUUCUUGAUCAAAAUGUGAGCUCAUUUAUCUUCCUAUGAAGCAUGAAAGUGGCUUUCCUGUUUGCAUGUUUUCCCUCAAAGCUAAACCAUGUACUAGUCUAGCUCAUAUUAAUAUUAAGACCAUACCUGAUGGGUCUCAGACUCAUUUCCCUAUUCCCUAUUGUUGGAGAGUUGCUCCCCAGAAAUGGUAACUUUGGAUUAGUAUUACAUAAAUCCAGCUGUAAAACUGACAGUGAAUUAGUCUGUCGUCACUCUGCCCAAACAUCCAUCCUUCCUUGUGUCCUUUCAUCAUCCCCAUUCUGUCCACAUCUUGCACAAGAUGAUUCUUGUGCCAUGCGGCAAUAACUGGACAUGAAAUACCAUCUUUUGGCAUUUGUUGAAAACUCCAAAUGCCUAAUAAUGUUUUUUUUAAUGAGCAUUUUUACAAGUUACACCAAAUUGGAUCAGCAUUACUGUUCAUUAUAAUGCUAUAUAUAUUUUUGAAGCAACAUACUAUAGUUGCUAUAAAACUAUAUUCUCUAAAGUGUUACCGUAAAUUCAUUUGACCUUUACUGCAAAAAAAAAAAAAAAAUACCUUUUUUAUAUAGAGUAUCAAGACAAGGCUCAGUCUGUAACAAAUAGUGGACCAUUACAGAAGAGGAAAGGAAAAAGCUGGGACUGAGCAGUGAAAAGCUUCAGUUCAAUUUCACCUCAUAUCUUUCUAAUAACUUACUUGUCACUUUAUUACCUUCCAGUAAUGUGAAUGCUGCUGACAAGACUGUCACACUAACAGCAGACAACACCCUCUCUGCUUCAGCCCCAGCUCUCCUGGCUACUUAUUGCCCUGGCCCUGAAGGGACACAAACUAAUAGUGUGCUUUCCAGUUCAGCACUUGGCCAUCAAAUAUAAAAGGAUGCGUAAUUGCCUGUUUAUCCCUUGUGAAGGGGAAAUUGAGUACAAGGACUCCGCUUUCCCACUGAGUUCCCUGAUGUACACACAUGUUCACGGUUCUCCCUCUCUCUCCCUUUCUGUCUCUCUUCCUCACUCUCUCUUUCUCCACCCCUCCCUUCCUCCUUCUUUCCCUCUCCUCUUCUUACUUCUUGCUUCUCUCCCUCCCUCUCUGCCCUCCCAACACACAAGCAAACGCCUACUGAACUGCACCUUUGGUGAGCCCAAGGCUGCCUCUCCAUGCCCUCUCCAGCUGUUAAGUGGACAGUAACAAGAGGACUUCUUAAAUAAAGGGUCAGUAGAGAGACCCUGUGACAGAAUUCUUUGUGUCUUUAGAAUCUUAAGUAUCGCAAUUCCAUGCCCACUCAUUGGAGGGUAUAGGGUGUCGCCCUAUAACUCGAGCAACAUUUCCCGCAAGGCAGUGGCAUGGGAAGAUUAGAUCACUCCAUAUUCUAGAAGGAAAGCAUUAAAAUAUUUUUCUUUCCCUUCACAAAGUGCACAUGUUGGAAACAGACUGGUUGUGCCUGGUGGUAAAAGUUGGUGUUGUUUUAGCUUUGGCAGCCAACCAUUGGUCUAAAUGUACACGCAUAUCUUGAAAUGACAACAAUCUCCGAAUGCAUAGUGUAACAUGACAGAUUAACCUUCGUUUUGUUACACUGGACUGACAAUCUAAAAAAAAAGUGGCGGGGAGGGGGGGAGCAUGGGGCUUGUUAUUUUAAUCACGAAAACAGGGACUACCCUAUGUGUAAAAGGUAAAAUUCUCCAUGUUAGGAGAAUGUUGGUAACUACGAGUACAGUGAGCUUUACAAAAUCAAGUGGGGACAAAAGGUACAAAAUAGGAACACAUGAAAAUGCUGCAUUCCAAAAUACCUUGAGCCCAAAUUGUGUGUAAGUAUUAGCUGCUAUUUUGGUAUAGUGAACUCCUUUGAUCUACUAAAAUGAUGGUUGAGAAGUGGCUAGUUAGUGACCACAUGAAGCGCAAGAUCGAUCCGAUCCGCACGUCCUCCUUGCGGAACCCGGGGACCCCACGCUUCCUUCCAGCCGUCUGGCGGCAGGUCUGACAGAAGGUGUUGGUGCUGCAGUCACAUUGCAAAUAUAUUUGUCAACUGAACGAGACUCAUGCAGGUGUCAUUUUGAUGUGAACAUUCGGAAAGAGAAAAGCCGCAGACUCAAAGAUAGAAAGCUUAACAGUUCCUUGUUGACAAACUCGUGUGAAAUAAUUUCAUUAACCGGUCUGAGGGCUGGGAAGAAAAGCACUUUGCAUAAGGAUUCUUGGGGUCAGAGAAAAAGCAGUUGACUUGAUGUUUUUUAAGUUCCCCCAAAUGUAUAUAGUACAAUCAUUUAUCAAACAUCAUCAUAGAAUCUUAAAUUAAUUAAAAACUCCAUUGCCAAAAUUGCACAGAAUCUGCUUAACUAAUACUAGCUUUUCCCCUUGAAAUAACAGGGAUGUUUGAGGACAUUUCUAAUUUUCUUAAUGCUUUUUUUUAAGUUUCAUUUUUAAAAAAGAAUCUUUGAAGGGAAGGAAGAGCAGGAAAAAAAGGUAUUUUAACAAAAAUGGAGAGUAGAUAGUAUAAAAAUAUAUUUGUUGAAAAGAGAAUAUCUAAGUGCUAUACCAAGACUUUAUAAGGCUUCCUGUUGCCAAAUGUGAUGUUGAAAUAAUGCACAACAAAGAUGGCGAAUUGAUCCAUUAUUAACCGGCCCUGCCCACUUCUGUUGCAGAACGCAAGGAUGGAAAGGUGACUCUGGGGAGCCCCUGGAUAAGUGAGAGAGGCCCUCUCACCUGGCCCUGCAAGUGUUUUCCAAAAGAGGGGGAGAAAACCCCACCCUGUUGGUAGUGCCACCUGCAAGGUGAGCUGACCUGGUGCAGUGUCAGUGGAAGCCUCGCUGCCUUCCACACUAGGAGACAAACCAUCCCCCGCCCCCCUGUGAAUCAGUGCAGUAACGCUGAGAAGCACUGAUUCAUGAGGUAUGAUGCUCCUGCACUCGCAGACAAUGUGCUGAGUUAAUAGGUUCACUAGAGAUGUAUAAACCAAGGUUGAUUGUUUAUUUUUUUUUCAUCUAGUACUCAAUUUGGAGCGUUUUUGCAUGUCUCUGUACAGAGUAAUCCAUUCGUCUCAUUGCCUAUCUUAAUCUCCCCUGACUUUUCCAUUAUCUUUCCACUCCCGCCCUUUGCUCUUCUUCUGAUCUCACCCCCUCCCCUUAAAAAAAGUCUUUUCUUAAACAAGAAGGUAGAACACUCCCCACUUCAUCCUGAUUUUGAUCGCUUUGGAAACAUUUGUGUGUUCUACCCUGUCCAGGGUUUACAUAACAUGAAUUAAGUGAAUGAGAUGUUCUAGUAUUAUGUAUUAACCUGAUAUGACUAUCUAAGAUUUAUAAUAUAUGGUGCACUCGCUUUCUUGUGCAAACUUUGGUUCAGCAGCCCUGCAGGGAAAUCUUACCAUUUUCCUACCGGUACCAGUAAAAAAACAAAAACAAACAAACAAACAAACAAAAAAAAAAAAAAAACAGUGCAGGAGAGCUAAAUGUGGGUAGGUGGAAGUCAGAGGGUCGAGGAAAUUUGAGGAACCAGGAGAAGACUUUGGUCUGAGGCUACCUGGGCCUUUCCUUAAUGAUGGAGGCAAGUUGGGGCUCUGGGAAAGAAAGCUCUCUGUUCUCCUUUGUGGAUCAUGCAGCAGUCUUUCUAGAAGUAGCAAGAUCCCUCACACAGUUGGGAGAACACGUAACUUUCUAAUUCACCCCAAACCUACCGCUGUGUCUCAGUAACAAAAACAUUUGACUCAACCUGCAUAUUUGACAGCAAGAGUGGCCAAAGGGAAUUGAAAUAUUUUGAGGAAAAGGAAUUUUCACCAAGGUAUGUCCUUUCCCUCCCCCGCCCUCCCAAAUUUGGGGGGUCUAUGCGGUUUUUUUCUGUUGUUCUCAUCUGCAUCAAACCAGUCUCUUCCGCUAAGUAAAGCCUGUCGUAGAACCAAAGUCUGUACCACAAAUGGUAGCUGCACCAAGGGACGGGGACAGCUUGCAUCACCCUGAUGUAAUAAUACUCGUGAUGUCGGUAGCUUCAUAAAUACUGUAUGUACCUUGAACAAGGUUUUUGUUUUGUUUUGUUUUGUUUUGCUUUUCGGUUUGUUUUGAUUAGUAGUCUAAGGGAAUUAAAAAUUUUUUAUUUACUACUUCCUUUGUUGUAUUUUCUGUACUAUAACUGUCUACAGUAUGUCUUUUGCAUAAAAUGCAUAAGGGUUUGGGGAUGUAAAUGGAAUUUUAUUCAUAUUUUGUCCAAAUACCUCUUGUAAUUUGUAUCAGAAUUCUUGUACAAUUUUUAUAUUAAAGAUUUAUCAGCCACUGA